AUGUUGUCUCGAACUCUUGCACGAAAGGUCCUCUCCCGGUCAGUUGCUGCCCGAGCACUCUCCUCCGAAGCUGCCGAAGCGGUGACCCUCAACUUUUCGGUUCCUUACGAAUCCAUCUACAAUGGUGCUUCGGUGUUCAGCGUCAGCAUUCCUGGAACUGAGGGAGAGUACGGAGUUACUCCCAACCACGUUCCUUACGUUGCUCAACUCAAGCCUGGAGUCUUGCAAAUUGUCCACGAGGAGGGAUCGGAAGAUGAAAAGUACUUUGUCGCUGGUGGAUACGCUAUGACCCACGAAAACUCGGUAACGGACAUUAUGUGCCCUGAAGCAGUCAAGUUGGACGACAUUGAUCCAUCGGCUGUCACAUCGCAAUUCGAGGCUGCCAAGAGUGCCUAUGCUUCCGCUUCUGCUGGAUCGGUGGAACAAGCUGAGGCACAAAUUGACAUGGAAGUCAACAAGGCUAUGGGUAUGGCAAUUGGUCUAAAUUUGGCUUAG